UCUGGCUUAGUUUCUGAGACAUGGAAAGAACAUCUUUUUCUUGCCCGACCUUUGUAUUAUUUUCCAUCCUCCUCCUAUUUAAGCCACUAUGUCUUUCACGCUCGAGUUUAUCAUCGGUGUAUCAAAAGCCAACAGUAAGACAGACGAGUCGCCGAAAAGUGGCGAGGAAGCCCCACCCAACACGUUUCCGUGCGAGUGCUGCAACGAGAUGUUUGGCAGCAAGAUUGAUGCGAUGCUGCACCUGCGGUACAACUGUCGCGCGAUGGCCUAGUUCCCCAGCAGUGGGAGUUGUAAAAACGAACAGCCAACGCGUUGCUAGCUAUCCAAAGCAUAUAUUCAUUACCACUCCAACGUCUUUCUCAACAUAACCCGUGUAUAUCUGUUGCAAAACAAAUAAAUAUUCGCUACUGCCAUGUUGUGCAGAGUGGAGUACGAGAACCAACUAAGACAUAUUGUAGUCAUAAGGAAAAGAGGUAUAUUUCGAGCCAAAGAAGAAGGUAAAAAGCAUGGUAGCUGUCCCCGAGAUGUUUUUUGUAGCCAGUCUACACGCUCAAAUGUUGUGCUGCAGAGGGAUAAGAACUCCAGUGUUUACUUUUUUCCCUGCUAUUCUGCCGAUAAAUCCACCGGAACCACUGACAAGUAGCUCGCGCAGUGAUCUAUUGUCCGUACUAC